CCUCCACGUUCAUAUCAUAUCAUCCCUCUCUUAUUUAACUCUCAAACACUCUCUAAACCGCUUUUUCUCUCUUUACAAAAUUCACAAAACAAAACCACUUUCACUUCACUUCACACCCAUAAACCCUUCAAAACCCUAGAAUCUCCAUAGAUCCUAUCGAAUUCCCUUCUCCAGGUUUCAUCCAAUACCCACAAAAAAAGUUCCGAUUUUGCUUUCUGGGUCGAGUUCCAAUCGCGGUUAGGAAUGUUGGGUACUGGUGGGUUGAACUUCGCCGCCGCGCGUGGUCGUGGAGAGGAUCGGUUCUAUAAUCCGGUCAAAGCUCGCCGCUCACUUCAAAGCAUGGAGAAUGACAAGCUGCGCAGAGUCAACAGCGAUGUCACGCCGACUCGCUCGCCGCCGGCUGGUGACAAAUCGGUGGAUUCUGCUAAUGGGUCUGCGCCGCCGCCGCCGGUGAAGCGGUUGAGUAAUUUGGAGCAGUUUUUGCAGGCGAUCACGCCAUCAGUGCCUGCUCAGUAUCUCCCCAAGGGAUCGGAGAAUGGAGAGGAGGUAGAUACACAUAAAGAUAAUAUUAAAAUGGAUACAAAUCUUCAAUCAAAAAGGACCACAAGAGGCAUAAGGAGCGAUGUGGAGUUUCAGCCUUACUUUGUUCUUGGUGAUUUGUGGGAAUCUUUCAGGGAGUGGAGUGCAUAUGGAGCUGGAGUGCCCCUUGUAUUUAAUGACAAUGAUAGUGUUGUUCAGUAUUAUGUUCCCUUUCUUUCUGGAAUUCAAAUUUAUGCCCAGAAUGAGAAUGGGAAUGCAUCUGUGAAGUCAAGGCAACUAGGACAGGACAGUGACAGUGAUUUCAGAGACUCAAGUAGUGAAGGUAGCAGUGAUUGUGAACCUGAAAGAGGAUUGAAAUAUUCAAGGGAACAAAGGAUUGGUCCCCAUCUCUCAGAUGAAGUACCUCAUCGGAUGGGUAGAUUGUCUUUGAGAGAUCACCAUAUACCCCCACAAGAUGGCUUUUCUAGUGACGAAGGUGAACCUGUCAAAUCUCAGGGCUACUUGCUUUUUGAGUAUCUUGAACGGGACCCUCCUUACAGCCGAGAGCCUUUGGCUGAUAAGAUAGCGGACCUUGCUUUGCGUUUCCCUGAACUGGCGACACUUAGAAGCUGUGAUAUACAAUCAUCAAGUUGGAUAUCUGUGGCAUGGUAUCCAAUUUACAGGAUACCAACAGGUCCAACAUUAAAAGAUCUGGAUGCUUGCUUUCUGACAUACCAUUCUCUUUAUACACCUGUGGGAGGUUCACAAAAGGUGCAGGCUCCCAUACCAUCAUCAAAUCCUACUGAGAGUAUCCCUAAAAUGCCUUUGCCUGCUUUUGGUCUUGCUUCAUACAAGUUCAAAGGACCUCUAUGGACUCCCAAUGGUGGAUACGAGCGCCAAUUAGCCAGCUCUCUUUUACAGGCUGCUGAAAACUGGUUAAGACCGCUUCAGGUCAGCCACCCAGAUUUCCAGUUUUUCAGCCGUUGAUGAUGUUAAGGUGCCUGUAACUAUUUGCCGAUACAUCCUUUGACCCAUUUCAGACAUGUUAGACAUAUGAUGAAGGUAUAUCCUUUGACUGAUGGAAAAAGAUACAAGGAAACAAAUGAUAAAGGUCUUUUGCAGUUUCCUGCAUCGUUCCCUUCUGUAACAAGUGAAAGAAUUCGAUAGUAAAGCAGCGAAGCUCUAAUGCGGCAGUGUUAAGGCUACUUUCACAGCAGAUGUGCAGAUUAAUGAGCAGCUUCACAAGUGCUAGCUGAUAUCUGUCAUGAGUUUGUUGUGUUUGCUAACAUCAAUGAGCCGAACAUCUGUUGUUUCUUGCCGCUUCCCAACUGUUAUUUAUGUUGGUAUGGUUUUGUUAAAGUGAACAGGAUGCAUUUUUCUGUCCUGAUAGGAGCUUAUUUUGUUGGGGAAUUUUACUGGAUAUGGUGUCCGCUGUACUCUUUGCUUGAAUUUCCCCACCUCUUUAUUUGAAUUCUGAUACUUAGGUUUCUUAGCUGCAUUACCUGUAGAACUCUUUUCUGAUGAGUUUCGAUACCAAUGAUUAGGGUGAAAUUUUUGCGACUUUUA